AUGGCUCUUCAGGUACUGUUGUGCGCAUGCGCGCUGCUGGGCGCGGCCAAUGCGGGCUACCUGGGCUCUCCCGCCGUCUCCUACUCGGCGGCUCCCGUCCUGCGAGGCGGCCUUCCUUACAACGCCGGACUCGGACUCACAGGAGGCCUGGCCGGAGAUGGCGCUGCUUCCGCUGCCGCCGCCGCCGCCGCAGCCGCAGCAGCUAGGGCCAGACUGUCUGGUGCUGGCAUCGGUGGCUAUGCUCCUGGCUACACUGGCGCACUAGGAGGUGACUACCCUGGUGUUGGUAUUGGUGGUGCCUACUCUCGUCUCGCUCCUGGCUACGCUGGUCUGGCCGCCGCUCGUUACGCCGGAGGUCUGGGCCGAUUGGCUGGUGGGCUGCCCGCCGAGCUGGCUGACCCAUACUACGACCCCAACCCGCAAUACAGCUUCAGCUACAGCGUCAGCGACGCCCUGACCGGCGACGCCAAGCAGCAGCAGGAGAGCCGCAGCGGCGACGUGGUGGAGGGCAGCUACAGCCUGGUAGAGCCCGACGGCAGCGUCCGCACUGUGCAGUACACGGCUGCCCCUGGUGCAGGUUUUAAUGCUGUCGUCUCCAAGGAUGGUGUCCCAACUGGGCCUGCCUCCCUGGGAGCCGCUGUCGUUCCUGCCGCUGCCGCUGCUCGAAACAUCCUUCCAGGAGGCAUACUUUCUGGAGCUGCUCGCUCUCUGCUGUCUCCAGAUGCCGCUGCUGGAGUCUACGGAGCACCUCUGAAGACGGCGCAUGCCUCCCUCGCCACUCCACACGCAAAGGUACACUACUAG